UGACGUCAAACCUGGCCCUGUAUAAGGUGAGGGGAUCCCAGCCCUUGGCCUCAAGCAGCCCACCCUCUGCGACAUGGCCCGCCCGGCCCACGGUGUCCGCUCCAGCUUCGGCCUCAGCUGCUGCCUCCUCUUCCUCCUCACUGCUCAGGAGGCAGGUGCUACCACACUUCAAGAACUUCAGAAUAGUGGUGAAUCCCCAACAUCUGACCAUUUAUCCCCUCCUACUCCAAACCUUGUUUAUAGUAUUCCCUCUCACCACACUGCUCUUCAUUUAGGACAUAGUAGUCCAGACCACCCUAAAUCUACAGAAACCCAUCAGCCCAAACACCAUUGCAAUGCCACACACAAUUUCAGGCCAAUUCACAAACCAAUAGAUAACUCCAAAAACUCUACAAAGCAUCACGGAGUUCGUCCCACUUCUGAACAAAACCCUAGCAAUCAAGGAAAAGACCCAAUUGUCCGGAAUGGACGCUCUGCUAAAUCUGAUAUCACACAUAAAAAAUUGUCUAAUGCAAACUAUCCAACCCCAAAGCCCAAGAGCAAAGCAACAUGUCCUACCUCCAAAGCCAGCACAGCAACAGGAACAAGAAGUCACCACCAAACUGCACCUUUGGAAAAUACCAUCAGUACCUUAGACAGUAAAAGUACCAUAACUCUUCCCCACCAUUCAGUCAAUUCAGAGAUCGACAAAAAACCCACAUCUUCCUCAGGAAAAAGCACAACAUAUGAGGCAUCAUUUAAGGCAACAGGUACCACAGAAGGAAAAGAAAGUGUUGAGGAUCAUACAGUAGCUAAUUACACAACUAUAGCUGCCUCAGAAAAGACUCUGAUAAAGACUACAAAACAAGCAAAAGACACAAUUUCAACCCAUGUGAAGACUACAAGAGCCCUACCGAUGCCUACAGACCACAGACAACACAGCACAUUGGCCCAUGGAAAGAUCACAAGAGCCUCACCAAUACCUACAAAACAUAAACAAGACAGCACAUCGGCCCAUGUUCAACACAGCACAUCAGCUCAUGAGCCGAUCACAAGAGCCCCAGCAACGCCUACAGAUCAUGAUCAAUACAGCACAUCAGCCCAUGUUCAACAGAGCACCUUGGCCUAUGAUCAACACAGCACAUCAGCUCAUGAGAUGAUCACAAGAGCCCCAGAAAUGCCUACAGACCAUGAUCAACACAGCACAUCAGCCCAGGUUCAACACAGCACAUCAGCUCAUGAGAAGAUCACAAGAGCCCCAGAAAUGCCUACAGACCAUGAUCAACACAGCACAUCGGCCCAUGUUCAACAGAGCACCUUGGCCUAUGAUCAACACAGCACAUCAGCUCAUGAGAAGAUCACAAGAGCCCCAGAAAUGCCUACAGACCAUGAUCAACACAGCACAUCGGCCCAGGUUCAACACAGCACAUCAGCUCAUGAGAAGAUCACAAGAGCCCCAGAAAUGCCUACAGACCAUGAUCAACACAGCACAUCGGCCCAUGUUCAACAGAGCACCUUGGCCUAUGAUCAACACAGCACAUCAGCUCAUGAGAAGAUCACAAGAGCCCCAGAAAUGCCUACAGACCAUGAUCAACACAGCACAUCGGCCCAGGUUCAACACAGCACAUCAGCUCAUGAGAAGAUCACAAGAGCCCCAGAAAUGCCUACAGACCAUGAUCAACACAGCACAUCAGCCCAGGUUCAACACAGCACAUCAGCUCAUGAGAAGAUCACAAGAGCCCCAGAAAUGCCUACAGACCAUGAUCAACACAGCACAUCAGCCCAGGUUCAACACAGCACAUUAGCUCAUGAGAAGAUCACAAGAGCCCCAGAAAUGCCUACAGACCAUGUUCAACACAGCACAUCGGCCCAUGUUCAACAGAGCACCUUGGCCUAUGAUCAACACAGCACAUCAGCUCAUGAGAAGAUCACAAGAGCCCCUGCAACGUCUACAGACCAUGAUCAACACAGCACAUCGGCCCAUGUUCAACACAGCACAUUGGCCCAUGAGAAGAUCACAAGAGCCCCAGAAAUGCCUACAGACCAUGAUCAACACAGCACAUCGGCCCAUGUUCAACACAGCACAUUGGCCCAUGAGAAGAUCACAAGAGCCCCAGAAAUGCCUACAGACCAUGAUCAACACAGCACAUCAGCCCAUGUUCAACAGAGCACCUUGGCCUAUGAUCAACACAGCACAUCAGCUCAUGAGAAGAUCACAAGAGCCUCAGCAAUGCCUACAGACCAUGUUCAACACAGCACAUCAGCCCAUGUUCAACAGAGCACCUUGGCCUAUGGUCAACACAGCACAUCAGCUCAUGAGAAGAUCACAAGAGCCCCUGCAACGUCUACAGACCAUGAUCAACACAGCACAUCGGAUCAUGUUCAACACAGCACAUUGGCCCAUGAGAAGAUCACAAGAGCCCCAGAAAUGCCUACAGACCAUGAUCAACACAGCACAUCGGCCCAUGUUCAACACAGCACAUUGGCCCAUGAGAAGAUCACAAGAGCCCCAGAAAUGCCUACAGACCAUGAUCAACACAGCACAUCAGCUCAUGAGAAGAUCACAAGAGCCCCAGAAAUGCCUACAGACCAUGAUCAACACAGCACAUCAGCCCAGGUUCAACACAGCACAUCAGCUCAUGAGAAGAUCACAAGAGCCUCAGCAAUGCCUACAGACCAUGUUCAACACAGCACAUCGGCCCAUGUUCAACAGAGCACCUUGGCCUAUGAUCAACACAGCACAUCAGCUCAUGAGAAGAUCACAAGAGCCCCUGCAACGUCUACAGACCAUGAUCAACACAGCACAUCGGAUCAUGUUCAACACAGCACAUUGGCCCAUGAGAAGAUCACAAGAGCCCCAGAAAUGCCUACAGACCAUGAUCAACACAGCACAUCAGCCCAGGUUCAACACAGCACAUCAGCUCAUGAGAAGAUCACAAGAGCCUCAGCAAUGCCUACAGACCAUGUUCAACACAGCACAUCAGCCCAUGUUCAACAGAGCACCUUGGCCUAUGAUCAACACAGCACAUCAGCUCAUGAGAAGAUCACAAGAGCCCCUGCAACGUCUACAGACCAUGAUCAACACAGCACAUCAGGCCAUGUUCAACAGAGCAUAUCGAACCUUGUUCAUCAGAGCACAUUGGACCCUGGGAAGAUCACAAGAGCCCCAGCAAUGCCUACAGACCAUGGGCAACACAGUACAGCAGCCACAGAACCAACCACAGGAGCCUCAGGGCAGGCUGUAGUACACACAAAGAAGACCACAUCUACCAAAGGGAGGGCCACACCAAUCCCAGCAGAGCGUACAGAAAACCCAGGAAGAACCACAGCUGCCACAGAGACUACAAGGCCUCCAGUCAAGGUCACAGGAGACAGAUCUAUCAGUUCUUUGACUCCUGGUCCAAAUAAAACUGGUCAGGUGCCCACUGGAUCAUCUACCCUCCCCACUUCCAGCAUGAAACUGAGCUCUAUCAUGUCAGAAGCCCCAGUCAACCAGAGCCAAGCCUACCAGAACAAAGAUGGUGCCCAGGGAGGUCUCCAUGUGGGAGAGACGGGGGACAGUGCUUCAUUCCCUGCAUGGGCCAUAGUUAUUGUGGUCCUGGUGGCUGUGAUUCUCCUCUUGGUGUUCCUUGGCCUGAUCUUCCUGGUCUCCUACAUGACUCGAACACGGGGUGCACUGGUCCACAACCAUGAGGACAAUGACCCAGAGGAGGAUGGGGGCCCCAAUUCUUACCCUGUCUACCUGAUGGAGCAGCAGACGCUUGGUGUGGGCCAGAUCCCUUCCCCGCGAUGAUCUUCUAGAAAGCGCCCACCCCCAGUUCUUCCAUGCCCUACCCCCUCCUGGAGGAGGAAUUGGACUCACAGUUCCUAUUUCCUGGACACCAGAAGGGCAAAGUCCUGACAGUUAACAGCAUCAACCCUUCACCUGCUGUGUUCUUAUUGAGAAUGGUCAAGGGAGUGGGUGAUGAGCAAGAAGGAUGUGAGUUUGGGAGACAGAAAAGAAAGAACCAGUAAUAGCAGCAAGUGUUCUCUGUGGAAGAUGAUGGUCUGAGAAUGAAAGUGUUUGAUGGACACUUGGGGUGGGAGCCAAUACAGGGCAUUGGGUGCUGGGAGGGGCAGGGCAGGUGAGGAAGUUUGGGAGCCUCAGAGGGCAAUGCCCAGAUCUGUCUUGUCAGAUGAGAGGGGAGGCUGAGACAGCCCUGGUUUUCAGGACCAAUCUAUAUCCUUUCCACUUACUGUCACUUAGAGUGUAUGAACAGGCUUGUCUCUGUUUCCAGAGUCUUACCCUUUUCUUUUCUUUUUUAAAUGAAGAAAUAAAAAAGGAUCUAAGAGGAAA